AUGACUGACUUCGAGCAGACGACACCGGUGGCAACUGACACCCUGCUUCCUGGGGGUCGGGACGUUGACGCGGAAAGUGGUCAUGUGGAAUCAAGUAUGCACACAUCAGAUAAGUCCCGGAAUACAAGUCUGUGUACCAUAGUGAUCGGUGCAUAUGAGGAAUCAGAGGAUUUGAUGACCUUUAUUUCACAGGUGUUCUCCGCCAUAGACCAUACAGCUUUUGGAUAUACAGUGUCUGCAUGCAGUUUUAUAAUCGGUCUCCUGGCUAUUGUAUUAGGUAUUCUGCGUUACGGUGCUUGUCCCUGUGAACCAUGCGUCCCUAUGUUCUUGGCUGUUGGAGGAUGCGCACUCAUGUUGCGAGCAAUUUGUAAAAUAUUAAGUUGGUGUUGUAAUAGACGAAAGACAUGUGACGAGACAGAACCGGAUGUACUUCAAACUCUCCAUAGCAUACUAGGAAUUCUGGUUUUGUUUUGGACCAUACCAGGGAUUGUUUGGAUAUUUGGUAUAAUCCACAAGGUGGACACUGGUCACGCCGAAAGCGAUAAUUACUGUGACUAUGUAUUGUACUGGUUUACAGUGUCGUUCCUUGGUAUUAUCUUUUUUGUGUUGCUACUCCAGUCCUCGCUACUCAUCGCCAUGUGUAUCGUCCACAACUAUAUGUACACUCACGCAGACUACUCAAACUUUGACAACGACGACAACGAAACCGACGGAACAAUUGAAGACCACCAACUGUCUUCAGAGGGCACAGUAUGA